UUAUAAUAACAAUACAUACAUGUCAGACAGUACAAUAUUUCUCGUGUCUAAUAGAUGUCUAAAUAGAUCAUCAUGAAUUGUUGUAUAAAAAUCACGGAAUUGUGACUUUGAAAUCUAUAAAUAUAAGCAACUUAGAGAUUCAACCUGACAGGAUUACAAAAUGAUAAUUCAACUCAUCACAGUAUCUCUUCUGUUUUUAGGAACACAAGUGUUAACACAAGCUUGCUUUCAUGGAGAUGUUCAAUUGGUAAACGGCGACAACAUUAACAAAAUUGUCGAGUUCUGUUAUAAGGGAGAAUGGAGAAGGAUCUGUGUAUCUGAUACGUGGAGUAACGUUGAGGCCAACAUUGUCUGCUCUCAACUUGGAUACAACGAUCAAGGUGCUACGACCAGCGAUGUUAGUAUUAGUGAGAAUUCACCCUAUAUGUUUUUAAGGUUUGUCAACUGUGAUGACUCCGACGGUAAUAUUGAUGAGUGCUACUAUGAAGCUCGUGCUGGCUGUAAUAAAAUUAAUAAACACGCAAGAGUUCAAUGUUUAAGUGCUAAUUGUACUGACAGUGACAUUCGAUUUGUGGGUGGAGCUACUGACAACGAGGGAAAAGUUGAAAUAUGUAACGAUAGUCGUUGGAUGGCAAUUUGCAGCAACGGAUGGACUGAUCAAGAUGCUGGACAGAUGUACCAAAAGUUUGGAUUUGCUAGCAUUGGAGCUGAAGUGCUUGUAUUCAACCCACGAAGAGUACCAACCAUCAACUGCACUAUAAGCGAUUCUGGCAACCUCUCUUGCAAUGAAUCAUGUGAUGAUGGUACAACGGACCUAGGGAUUCGUUGUGUCAGGCAGGAAGUUCUAAACCAAAAAAUAAGUGUAGAGUCGUCAUGUGGUGCUGAGUUAAGCACUACAGCACUGGGGGUAUUAGUUGGUUUGUUGGUGGCUCUGCUGGUGGUCUUGUUGAUUGUUUGUGGAGCAAUGUGGAAUCGCGUAUCACAGAAACAUAAACAAAUCUGUAUCUCGUCAGAAACAAGCACACUCUCAACAAUUCAACGGCAACUGAACAACCCAGUAUAUGAUACAAGCAUGGAACCACACAAUGCAUACAGCUCCAGUGGACCUACCUACGAACAAGUUGCCAAUGGUAACGAACAAGACCACACCUACUCAAUACUUGAAUGCAAUCAGAACACGAAUCGUCGCUCAAAUCAGCUCAAUCCUAUAGACGAGAAACAGAACUACCAUGUAGUGGAGAGUGGAAGGUGUGAGGGUGUGGAGGGGGCGGGCUGUGACGGUGUGUACAGUGAAGCUAGUAACUACGAAGUGCCAAUGUCAAGCAAAACGGACAGCAAGGCUGCAUUGAUGGAAAGGUACAGAGACUAGAUGAUGGUAGAGUCAAUGUUUGUUCUGGUCAAGUAUGGAAAACUGUGUGUGAGAAAAACUACCAAUGGAGUGUUUAUCAAGCUAAUAUUGCUUGCAGACUGCUGGGCUACAAUAAUAAUGGGGCAAGUGUGAGACGAUUAUGCUUGGACUCAACCGGUAUUGAUGUUAGUGAGUGUCGUGGAACUCAGAAUACUUUUGAAGAAUGUGGAAUAACUCCAAGAGAUUUUAAUACUUGUAGAGGUGGCUGCAGUGGUGCCCGGAGAAGACAUCCUGAAAUAAUGUGUCUAUCAGCCGACUGUGCUGAUGGAGAGAUAAGACUGGUGGGUGGGUCCAGCAUAAGAGAGGGACGAGUGGAGGUGUGUGUGGGCGGUCGCUGGGGAACUGUGCAAACAAACAAUUCCCAACUGAUAGAAUUUGUUUGCUCUACACUGGGUUUCCCAACUGAAGAUUCAGAAGCAGUCACUACUUUUGGCCAUGGAACAGCUCUGACAAGAAGCUGUGUAAUAAUUAAUAGUACCCUCCACUGUGUGGACAUUGCAGACCAGUCUGUUGAUUCCAACCCAGUAUACAAUACAAGCAUGGAACUAUGAUGAACAGGCAAAUAUAUAGCUAGCCUCG